GGGCGGCGGGCGAGAACUGUUUGUACCCGCCCGUCUCCCGUUGUAUCAAAAGAGCCGCUCCGAGGCGCGGGGCUGGCGGCGUCCCUCUCCUUCUCGCUGCCGGUCGGCGCUCCGCUCAGUCGCUGGUCUUCCACUUUUGCUAGCCCGCUCGGCGCCUCGCGGCAGGGACGGCUUCUCGACCUGGACGGGCUCCUUCCUUGCAGCGGCAGCUCUUCUCGCGGAGAAGCGGACCGGCGAGGUCCCCAGCAGGAGCCCGCAAUCCAGGCGAGGGAGCGCGCCGCCUGCCUGGGACGCCCAGCCGCCGGCCGUUGCGCGCCACAGGUUGUCCUCCUGGGGCCACCCCUGCAGCUGCCGCAUGAGGUUCGCUGAGCGGAGAGCACAUCUUCGGGGAAGCCGCGCCGCUCUCUCGCUCCGCCGCCAGUGCCUGCAGCCCCGUCUCCCUCCCGCCGGGGCCAUGAACUUCUCGCUGGGCAAUCAGACCGAGGCGCUGGGGCUGCUGCUGGCCAACAGCACUGACUCUCUGGAGCGAGCGCUCCAGUCCUUCACGCCGAAGUCCGUGGUGACCGACGACGGCUUCGUGGUGGCCACGCCGGACGAGAGGAGCCUGUACAUCAUGCGGGUGGUGCAGAUCGCCGUCAUGUGCGUCCUGUCCCUCACCGUCGUGUUCGGCAUCUUCUUCCUCGGCUGCAACCUGCUCAUCAAGUCCGAAGGCAUGAUCAACUUCCUGGUGAAGGAUCGGAGGCCGUCCAAGGAGGUGGAGACGGUGGCGGUGGGCCCUUACUGACCGCGGUGCCGCCCAGGAGCCCGCUUGGCCACUCCAGCCGCGGCGGGGACUCGGAAGCGACCUUUUGCUGUUGCCUUUCCCGGAAGGCAGUUCCGGCCGUGGAAGCAAUUCCUGGCGGGCGAGGGAGAAGCAAGCCUCUUUCCCGACGGGCCGGGCAUGAUAGUAGCGGGGAGUCAAGGGAACUCAGUCCGAAGCCAGCUGGGAUGACUUUUGACUGGACGUGGGGGGAGGGAGGUGAAGUCGCCGCGGUUUUACUUCCCUCGACCUCUGGGCAGGUGGGGGAAGAGCCCCAACCUCGUCGGGCAGUGAGGAGA